AUGAGCAGGACCGCCCUAGUCGUCGUGUUCGGUCCAUGCUCCUUGCAUGACGUACGUGCAGGGCUCGAGUACGCGCAGCGUCUCCGUGAAUAUGCUGAGAAGGCCAAGGACGACUUACAUAUUGUCAUGCGGGUGUACUUCGAGAAGCCACGCACCACAGUGGGCUGGAAGGGUUUGAUCAACGACCCAAACCUUGAUGGCUCGUUCCAGAUCAACAAGGGACUCCGCCUUGCUCGUGGGUUCUUGUUGGAGGUGGCCAAGAUCGGCCUUCCUGCCGGUACUGAGUUCCUCGAUGCUAUUAGUCCACAGUACACGGCCGACUUGAUCUCAUGGGGCGCUAUUGGUGCACGUACGACCGAGUCGCAAGUGCAUCGCGAGCUCACGAGUGGCCUCAGCAUGCCUGUUGGCUUUAAGAACGGCACAGAUGGAUCUGUGCGAAUCGCCAUAGAUGCCAUUCGGUCGUCCUCGAGCUCUCACCAUUUCCUUUCCGUUACGAAGCAAGGUAUCUCUGCCAUUGUCGAGACGGCUGGGAAUGAUAAGUGCCAUGUGAUCUUGCGUGGCGCGAACUCGGGACCUAACUACAGCUCCGAGCAUAUCACCUCAACAAGGAGCUCACUCGAAAAAGCUGGCCUUCCCGCGCGUAUUAUGAUCGACUGCAGUCAUGGAAACAGUGAAAAGAAGCACGAGAACCAGCUCAAGGUUUCUGAGAAUGUUUCCGAGCAGCUGUCAGCAGGGGAUGAUAAUGCAUGGAGCAUUCUUGGUGUCAUGCUCGAGAGCAAUCUCGUCGAGGGACGUCAGAAUGUGCCACCAGAGGGACCCAACUGCCUGACAUUCGGCCAAUCCAUUACCGAUGCCUGCAUGGGCUGGGACAUGACUGUUCAGGCGCUAGACAAGCUUCGUGCCGGUGUUCAGGCGCGUCGUGCCAAAGCACCUGCGAGCCACCAUACACGGAUUAACUCGGGUGUCUUGGCAUCGACCAGCAACCAGUCUGGUUUCAACGACGCUGCUCUUGCGACUUUGGGCAAGUAG